AUGUCGAAGGGCAUGCACGCUGUUGGACAGCCAGAGGUGGUCAUUUUACUGCAGUGUUUUCCUGAGGAGAAGAGAUUCCCGACGGAUAUUUUCAAUCAUGUCAUUCAGAUCUACUGGGAUGCCCAAACAGCAGGAAAGCUUCUGAAUCACCCAAGUUACUCUUUGGUAUCCCAAGGCUUUCUGGGUAAUAACGAGCAUGCUGGCUUUCUUUACGUGCGUCCGUCGUUUCCAGUCUGUGGAGGGCCUGCCGUUACCUGGGCCUCCCCUCCUGUUCGGGCUCCUCAUGCUCCAUGGGCCAGAGCCUUUCCCCUGAGACUCAUGCUGCAUUUAGGAGCGGAGUACAGAUUCUAUCCCUGUCCCUUGUUCGGUGUGCACUUCAGAGAGCCUCUCUUCGGACCCAUCAUCAUUAUGAGACUCUCAGUGGAUUUCCGUUUUUACCGUUACACACUGCCGAGGGUGCCGGGGCUCGUGGUUGAUCUAGAGGCUAGAAGCACCUGUAUAAGAAUCCCUAAAACACAUCAUCCAGAGGUACAUGGCACCACACUAAAGGCUAAAAUACACUAUAACACCUGUUUCACACAUACUCCGUCUGCAGUGCGUUUGCGUUGCAUAUUUUUUUUACGCACCCAUGCUAACGGUUUCCAGCGUUCAUACUGCACACGCUUGCGGUCCGUCACUGCGUUCGAGGAGCGGAUAAUGAGGGUCUUGUCUCUGUCUCUGCUGGUGUUUCAGCUGCUGAAGGCUCUGAAUAAGUCUAAUGAGAGAGUGCUGGCUCUAGUACUGAUUUGGGUGCAGAGGGCAGAUGCACAGUACCUGACCCAGGCCAGCAGCAUUCACAGCCAGCCACGAAGAGUCACGGGCUCGGGGUUUUUUGUGUUCAGUGGAGCGCUCAAGUCUUCAUCAGGGUACUUUGCCAAGUCCAGCAUUGUGGAAGGUUACUGCUUCGAUCUGUUCUGUAUGGAGUUUUUGGCAGGCAGUAAUGGUCAGCUCCUUCCAGCACCGUACCAGGACUGUCUUAACCAAUCAUUAACGUCCGUGGUGCAGAGUAACUCUCAAUACCAGGAGCUUGACCGACCACCCACUGUCUCAUGUGCCAAUUCUCCCAGAAACCUCACGAGCAGAACCUUUGAGUUCAGUAUCAUUUGA